AUGGAACUUUUUGAUUCUGAAAUGUUUAUUAUAGUCAAAAAGUCACUCACGGUGUUGGGUCUUUGGAUUGAUCAAGAAUUUUGGCAAACCGUUUUAUUAAAAUCUUUAGCUUAUCUUGUGAUUAUUUCCACUCUUUAUUUUCAGAGUUCAUUUGUGAUAAGUAAUUGGAAUCGCGAUAUGGAUUCUGUACUUGAUUGUUGCAGUAUAAUGAUAGUAUUUUUUUGGGGAUUGGGCGUAUUUUCGGUUUAUUCCUUUAGACCAAAAACAAUAUUCGCGAUCGUUAAGGGCAUUGAAGAUAAUUGGAAAUUGUGGGCUUCUAAAGGUGAAUUAAAUAGGCUUACUGAACAUACGGAUGUUGGAAGAACAUUUUCGACUUUAUUAUUUCAGUACAAUUACUGUGCGUUGUUUGCAUACGUUCUAAUGAAUUGUUCGCCAGUAUUACUUAAUUAUAUUGUUCCUUCAAAUGAAACUCGAAAAAUGCAUCCUGUGUACAUUGCAAAACUCCCUUUCGACGAAGAUAAAUAUCAAUUGGGUGUUAUUAUUUUCGGUGCCGUGACAUGUUUUUGUAUGGUAACAAUUCUUUGUACUGUUGAUAGUUUGUACAUUAUGUCAGUUCAACAGGCAUGUGGAUUAUUUGCAAUUAUCAGGCAUCGAAUGAAAAAUAUAAGCCGCAAAUUUAAUUAUUCUUGUUCCAAGGAUUUACUGGGAAUUGAACAUUUUUAUAAGGAACUUCAUGCUUCCAUUAUGUAUCAUAAUUAUGCUCUCAGAUAUGUAAAGGAUUUGGAAAACUUAUUCUCACCUUUUCUAUUUAUUACAUAUGGAUGUAAUGUUUUAACGACAAGUUUUGCAUUACUGCAGACAACGAUGUCAUUGGGAAAUACUUUUUUCGUCGUGAAACAAAUCGUUCUCUCCUUUACAGCAUUGGCUCAUAUUUAUUUUCUUGGUAUUCCUGCUCAAAAUUUGAUAAAUGAAAGCGCUGCUGUUACAUUUGAUAUGUAUGACAAUGAAUGGUACGCUUUGCCAGUUAAGAUUCAAAAAUUAUUACUUUUUGUAAUUGUGCACAGUAACAUGCCUUGCCAUUUAACUGCUGGAAAAAUUACAAUAAUGAAUAUGGAAAGUGUAGGAAAAUUUCUUAAAAUGGCAUUUUCGUACUUUACAAUAUUAUCAGCAGUCAGUCAAUAUUCAAUGUAUGCUGUUAUAAUUUUGCAUGCUUGUGGAUUACUCGAAAUUUUCAGGUAUCAAAUAAAGACAUCGGUCAAUACAUUUUUAUCUUCUGGUAAAAAUAUAAAUAUUAAGGAGUUUCAGAAGAAAUUCUUUUUUUCUAUUAAAUUACAACUUUACGCUAUUAGAUAUGCAAAUGCGCUUGAAGACUUCUAUUCACCAUAUCUAUUUUUUACUAUGGGAAUAAAUGUUUUAACAAUAAGCUUACCAUUAGUUCAGUCAUCGAUUUCUUCGGGAAACAAUUACAUAUCUCAAAUGAAUCAAUUUUUACUUGGUUUUGGAUCUUUGGUUCAUAUUUUCUCUAUUGGAAUACCUGCUCAAAAUUUGAUAAGUGUAAGCUCUUCAAUUUCAUUUGACGUUUAUUCCAAUAAAUGGUAUGAAUUGCCAAUUAAAUAUAGAAAAUUAAUGCCUUUUAUUAUUAUGCAAAGUGAUAUUCCUUGUCAGUUAACUGCAGGAGGAAUUAUAGUAAUGAAUAUGGAGACUGUGGCAAAAGCAUCGAUUUCAAUGGAAAGUAAUAUUUCUAUGGUGAAGCAAGUGGUCCUUUCAUUGGCAACAAUGGUUCAUGUUUGCUUUCUUGGAUUACCUGCUCAAAAUUUGAUAAAUGAAAGCGCUGCUUUUGCAUUUGAUAUGUAUGACAUUCCUGUUAAAAUGCAAAAAUUAGUACUUUUUAUAAUUAUGCACAGUAACAUUCCAUGUCAGUUAACUGCUGGAAAAAUUUCAAUUAUGAAUAUGGAGACAGUGGCAUCAAUUAUAAAAAUGGCAUUUUCCUAUUUCACAAUGUUAUCAGCAAUCAGUCAAUAA